AUGGCGCCGCGCAAGAAGAGCGUUCUCCCCACGGCUACCGAAACGCCCAUCUUCUCUUCGGCGCAGCGCAACAAAGCCGGUGUCAAGAAGCCCUCUAAGACGGCGAAACAGGCGCAACAACCCACGGUCGCUCAAUCUCCCGUACGCCUGCCCCCGGCUCGGCCGCUAUCGCCAUUUCAUUACGACGAAUACGAGGCACCUCCAUCACCUCCACCUCCGCCAUCGUUCACCCCCAAAAGUCCCAGGAAGAAGAAUACAAAGCCAAUCAUCCCGUUCGACAAGGUCACCACAAUCCCGAUGUCUCAACUGCGAGCUCAGCAAGCCGACCGCUCGGCCAUCCUCAGGAAGGGUUCCUCACUCAUCCCGCGCGAUCCCGCUGUACACAUUUACAACUUCCACAAUGCAUGGCGCAAGCACCUCUUCAACCGCGAUAUGGAUCCAGCUUUGCGGUUCGCGGCACCAGAGUUGAGGACGAUGCUGGGCUUGAGUCCAAAGUGGAAAGAUCCGACCAAGACGAAGGUUCCCAAGAAGAAGACCCCGUUUGGAGAGGGCUUCAUGGCGCUUUACAAGGGCGGAGAGGAUGAGGAAAAGUAG